AAUAAAGAGAGGCGAGUUCUCUCUUAACCAAACUCUUGCAACUGGCUCAAUUUGCUACUGUUGGUUUGGUUUUUCUCACUCUCUUCUCUUUCCGAGAAAAAAAAUUCUAAGAGAAAGAGAGAAAAAUGUCUGAAGCAGGAACAGAGAGGGAGAAGAAAUCUGCAGCUUCUGCAGAAGCUCACACCAGAGGAAACAACACUCAACAAAGUUCUUCUUCUGGUUAUCUGAAAACGAUUCUACUGGUAUCAUUCGUUGGAGCUUUGGCAUGGGUUUAUCAAACAAUCCAACCACGACCGGCUAAAAUCGUCGGCUCUCCCGGUGGAGCAGCCGUGACAUCGCCGAGGAUCAAACUGAGAGACGGGAGACAUCUUGCUUACAAGGAAUUCGGAAUCCCUAGAGACGAAGCUAAGUUCAAGAUCAUAUUUAUCCAUGGCUUCGAUUCUUGUAUGCACGACUCGCCGUUCACCCAUUUCUUAUCGCCGGCUCUUGUGGAGGAAUUGAAGAUAUACACUGUGUCUUUUGACCGUCCUGGUUACGGAGAGAGUGAUCCUAACCUAAAUGGGUCACCGAGAAGCAUAGCAUUGGAUAUAGAAGAGCUGGCUGAUGGGUUAGGACUUGGACCUAAGUUCUAUCUCUUUGGUCUCUCCAUGGGUGGUGAACUCACUUGGGCAUGCCUUAACUAUAUUCCUCACAGGUUAGCAGGGGCAGUACUUGUUGCUCCGGCGAUUAACUACUGGUGGAGAAACUUACCAGGAGAUGUAACGAGUGAAGCCUUCUCUCUUAUGUAUCCUGCAGAUCAAUGGGCACUUCGAGUUGCUCACUAUGCUCCUUGGCUUACAUAUUGGUGGAACACUCAGAAAUGGUUCUCUUUCUCCAAUGUGAUUGCUGGUAAUCCCAUUAUUUUCUCUCGUCAGGACAUGGAGAUCUUGUCUAAACUCGGAUUCGUCAAUCCAAAUCGGGCAUACACAAGACAGCAAGGUGACUAUGUAAGCCUACACAGAGAUUUGAAUGUCGGAUUCUCAAGCUGGGGAUUCAGUCCAUUAGAUCUUCAAGAUCCAUUCCCGAACAAGAAUGGCUCGGUUCACGUAUGGCAAGGCGACGAGGAUAAGUUUGUGCCAGUGAAGCUUCAACGGUGUAUCGUGUCAAAGCUGCCAUGGAUUCGUUACCAUGAAAUCUCUGGAUCAGGACAUUUGUUGCUGUUUGUGGAAGGUAUGACUGACAAGAUCAUCAAGUCACUUUUGAUUGGGGAAGAAGAGGUUGUUAGUAAGAGUAGAAAAGUCUCUAUUUGAGUUGAUGUGUUUGAGACUAUUUAUCUGCUUCCAAUGUCUGCAAACUGAUUAUGAUCAACUAUAAAAAUAAAAUUAAAACCUCAAACUACAACUGCAUCAGAA